GCAUCAACUUGUUUCCAAAGAUGUCAAAUCCUUGGUUCAUACCUUAUGCAUAUAUAAUAAUUGGAGAAACUAUUUAUAGUUUGUUGGAGUUUCUUUCAUCUGGAGGUACAUUUAAAGGUUGGUGGAAUGACCUAAGGAUAUGGUUAUACAAGAGAACAAGUUCUUACCUAUAUGCCUUUAGUGACACAAUCUUGAAGCUUUUUGGAUUUUCAGAUCCAGUCUUUACAAUCACAUCUAAGGUUUCUGAAGAAGAAGUUUCCAAACGCCAUGAGAAAGAAAUUAUGGAGUUUGGAACAUCUUCACCAAUGUUCACUAUAUUAGCAACACUAGCAAUGCUAAAUUUAUUUUGUUUAGUUAGUGUAUUGAAGGAUGCAAUUUUGAGAGAUGGUGGGUUUGGAGCUUAUGAGAAAAUGGGAUUACAAGUUAUGUUGUGUGGUUUUUUGGUUCUCAUUAAUUUGCCUAUAUACCAAGGCCUUUUCUUAAGGAAGGAUAGUGGAAAAUUGCCAAGUUCUCUUGCCAUGAAAUCAACAACAUUGGCUCUAGCUUUAUUUAUCUCUUUUAGAUUUGUAUGAUAAAAAUAAAUACUUAUACUUUAAUGUUCUUGUUUAAUUGGAAGGAUAUUAUUAGUAUUCAACAUGCAAUUUUGUUGUUCUGUUUUUUA